GGAAUAGGUGUCAUUUUCAUGACACAAGGAGAUUGGUGCCUAAUUCAAUAUACUAAGAUUUUUAACCGAAGAAAAUAUAAUAAAAGAGCACAUAAAGUUCAGCUUAGCCUCUGGAGACAGAACAUAGGUGAGUUUAGUUUAUAGUUUAUUAGUAGAUAGAUCUGCCUGUGAAGUAUCUUUAGCAGUUUCUACUAAUUAAACUAAUGAUUUUACAAGUUAUACCAGAAAACGUAGAGCCUUAUUCCAGUAUUGACCUAAGAGAUACUUGAAAAAGCGUCAGUCUUUACAUAUUAGUUUAUAUAAUAUGACGAAAUCCUCUAGUUAGACUUUUCUCAAGCUAUAACGUCAAAUAUCAGAACUCAACCCUUGUCGGGUCUACCCUUUGGUUAGAAAAAAAAAUAUUUAUUUGCACUCGGAAUUUAUGCCAAGCUAGACAAUUCAACUAUAAAGGAAUCAAAAAUAAAAGUGAAACUCUUUUUAAAAGAAACUUUUUCCUUUGAAUUGGGGGGAUCAGAACGGGAUAAUGAAAAUUAAUGAAAAUCAAACUAACACCUAUGGAGUGAGAGUCUUCCAUUGAUACUAAUAAACUACUAUAAGUGCUGAUUGUGAAAGUGAAAAUAUAGACAUGUUACUUAAUCAUAAUUAAGUGAUAAACGUUCAAAGUGCAAGACACAUAUAUUUCAUUCGUUUGCAAGUUUUGGUUGCAUGAACAAAAUUCCAUCUAGAAGUACAUGAAACACCUGGGAAGUUGCUUCUUCAUUCAAGUCAAACCAUUUGAUCAAAUCACUUAUAGAAACUUUCCCCAUAAAUAGAGAAACAUUCAUCUCCCUUAUUUCAACUGAGAGUUUAUCAUUUCCUUCUUAAUUCAGUUUUUCAAAUAGAUUUUCAAGUACAAAUUUUCACUACAAAUCUACCAUUAUCUUCCCUCUUGAGGCCAAAAAAAAAAAAACUAUACCUUUAUUGUGAUAUAUGUUGCUAUGUAUCAUCUAGGCAAGAUUAGUUACUUAACUUUCCCUAUUCAUCUUUUGUUCAUAGUCAUACUUCUCUUGGAAGUACUUUUGGAUCUUAGAGUGGAUUGUCUAAGUUUCACCUACCCAAGUUUCACCCAAGAAUCCGAAAAUGAUUUCAUCACUACUAAUCAUUCCAACAUAGCCUUUGAUGCUAUCCAAGUAACUGAAGAAGCUCGUGGAGCUUCCAUUACAAAUUUGUCUGGAAGAAUAUGGCAUUCACAGCCUUUGAAUCUAUGGAACCGAAAGAAAAACAUCACAACAUCGUUCAAUUCCACGUUCGUGAUUAAUAUCAAACCUGAAAGUGAUCCAUCAGGUGAAGGAUUGGCUUUCAUAUUGACUAACGAAAGUGGUAAUGGCUCCAUCCCAAAUGAUAGUUAUGGACAAUGGCUUGGAAUUGUGAAUGCAAGUACAAAUGGAUCUCCAACAAGCAACAUAGUUGCAGUUGAAUUUGACACAAGGAAAAGUUACCUUGAUGAUCUUGAUGAUAAUCAUGUUGGCAUUGACAUAAACAGCAUCAACUCUGUCAAACAAGUUUCUUUAACUGAUCACGGUGUUAACGUUUCACGAGCUAUUGAUGUGAUAGCAAGUGUCCGGUACGAUGGAGAAUCAAAGCUCUUGAAGGUUUAUACAUUCAUGAGUAAUCAAAUAGGAGACAAUGAGAAAAAUCCCAUCAUUUCCAUGACUCUUGAUCUUUCUAUUUUUCUAUCCGAGGAUGUUUUCGUGGGAUUUUCAGCCUCAACUGGGAUAUAUAGUCAGCUGAACUGCAUAAAGGCAUGGAAUUUUACAAGCACAGAAAUUGGGAAUGAUCAUAAAGUUAGCCUAUUAUGGUUGUGGAUCUUGGUACCAAUAAUAUCAGUUCUGGUUAUUUUCUUAGGAGGGGUUUGCUUAUAUUUCAUCUCAAGGAGGAAAAAGAAGAGGAUGCAAGUGUUAGACCAAGAUGAGAAUAUAGAGAUUCAGAUUCAGAAUUCAGCUAACGCACCUCAGAGAUUCCAGCUGAAGGACUUGAAACGAGCGACCGGGAACUUUGAUCCCAAGAAUAUUCUUGGAAGAGGAGGAUGUGGAGUAGUAUUCAAAGGGUUAUUAGCUGAUCAUAAUAAAGAGGUGGCUGUGAAGAAAUUCUUUAAAGAUUCAAGUCAAGGAGCAAAAGAUCUCAUAGCAGAAGUCACAACCAUUGGCAAUCUCCAUCAUAAGAACCUUGUCAAAUUGAUAGGAUGGUGCUAUGAAAGCAAUGAACUCCUAGUAGUUUAUGAGUUCAUGCCAAAUGGGAGCUUAGACAGGUUGAUAUUUUGCGAAGAAAAAGGAGAAAUCAGAGGAAGGUUGAGACUUAACUGGGAAAGAAGGCAUGGCAUCACCUGUGGCAUAGCUCAAGCACUGGAUUAUCUGCAUAAUGGCUGUCAGAAAAGAGUACUUCACAGAGAUAUAAAAGCUAGCAACAUCAUGCUCGAUUCAGAGUUCAAUGCUCAGUUGGGAGAUUUCGGAUUGGCUAGGACAGUUCAAGUGAACGGAAAAACUCACCAUUCGACGAAAGAGAUUGCUGGAACUAUAGGCUAUAUGGCUCCGGAGAGUUUCCAUAUAGGCCGAGCCACGGUUGAAACAGACGUCUUUGCAUUUGGAGUGCUCGUUCUUGAAGUUGCUUGUGGUCGAAAACCUGGAAAACAAAACGAGGAGAAUGGCUAUAGUAACAAAGUUAUUGAAUGUGUAUGGGACAUGUACAAGAUUGGAAGGAUCAUUGAUGCAAUAGAUGUUAAAUUGGAAGGAGAGUUUGAUGAAGAACAAGCUGAAUGUGUGUUGAUAUUGGGAUUGGCUUGUUGCCAUCCAAAUCCUUAUGAAAGGCCAAGUAUGAAAACUGCUUUGCAGAUUCUUAUAGGGGAAUCAGUUCUGCCAAGUAUUCCUACUGAGAGACCUGCAUUUGUAUGGCCAGUUAGAGCUCAGUCGACUAACAAAGCUGCAGGUGAUUCUCUACAGGAAGGCCAACUUACACAAAUUACAGUUCUCAGUGGCAGAUAACAAGGUUCACAAAAACAAUUCCUCAUUAUCAAACUUAAAUGCUUUGUCAAAGCAGCAACUCUUUAGGAGGCAAAACAUACUUGUAAAUUCACAUAUGCAAGGCAAGAAUGAGUGUUUUUUACUACUUUUCUUCAUAGUGUUUUUCUGCAUUGUAAAUAAUUUGCAACACCAAAUUCCUCUCCACCCUCUGUUUGGCGUCAUUUUGUGCAACAACUUCUCUAUUUUAGGAGUGAAAGUGCUUUUUCUUUAUUUUGUUACACAAGCUUACUCUCGAAGUGUUUGAUUUGAGCAGAGCCU